AGUCUGCUUCGAAAUUUUGUGCGGUGAGGAGUGAUGUGCGUGUUUGUCCUCUUUUCGGAAAUUACGACGUAUUAUCUUCGGAAUCUACGAAUGGACGAUGACCAAAGGCUUCUUCGCUAUCUAAUAUGCUGUAUCAAUCGAGAUAGCGUUGGUGGGCGGAUUUACGAGCACGACCAGCGUCGGCAUCAUCCACCGAUAGCGAUAGAAGUAGCGUUGGCAGUCCUGAACCGGUGGCGGCCACUGGCUCGCUCCAUGAGCAUCAGAUGAUGAUGGAUGAAAUGAAAAACUCGCGGAAGAAUAGCCCGUCACCUGAAAAUCUCCAUCAAGCGAAACGGGCAGCGGUGGCGCAAGCACAUCUCAAUGGAACGAUGGCAGGAAUGGUGACCCUACAGAAUCUUCAGAAUUUGGCGAGUCUACAAAAUCUACCGCAAGUCGCAUCGUUGGCCGCAGGUCUCCAGGGAAUGACAGCGGGAUUGACUAACAAUCAGCUCAUCAACACACCCCUGAAUCUCACUGUCAGCUCCUCGGCGAAUGAAUUUUCAUGUUCAGGUGGCACGGUACCAACAGCCUCGAACACGACAGCUGCCCCUCACCUCCUGCCACCGAGCUCGACGCCAAUGGCGACAUUACCUCAGCUAUUAUCUCAGCCGCAACCGGUCGCGAUGCCUCAAUUCAUCCUAACGUCCGGUCAAUUGGUUCAAGGCAUUCAAGGGGCUCAGCUCCUUAUCCCUACGUCGCAAGGAAUAGCCACCCAAACUAUUCUCACCAUCCCUGUCAGCCACGUCACGAAUAAUCAAAUGGUGAACUUGGCGCUCAGCAACGGACAAGUGGUGUCUACGACCUUGGCGAACCUUCAGUCGAUCGCUCAACCGCAGAACAUGUUGAACACACCGACUAGCAAUGGUGAAUUUACAGUCCCAACAAGUCCGAGUUUAGCAUCCGGAUUAGGGUUAAAUCCGGCCGCCUUACCGCACCUUCUGAGCAACAGCUCGGCCAGCCAGCAACUUCUGAGCGCGAUGCAGCCUCAGCAACUGCUCCAGGCCGCGCAGGCGGCUCAGGCUCAAGCGGCACAAGCGGUCCAAGCUGCACAGGCCUCUCAACAACCGCUUCUGACCACCUCGCCCCAGCAGCACGGUCAUCGACACACCUCUCAUAUGAAUCAUUACACGCCGACGGAGAAACAUCACAGAGAGAGGCCCGAGCAGUCGUCGCCUUUGAACGAGUCCGUGGUAUCCGCAGCCUCGGCCCUGAACAGACUGGCGGCCAGCAACGGGGAAAUAACGAUCACGACCACGCAUGGACCUAGUGGAGCCGGGGUGAAGGCGAGUGUCACGCCGAGCAGCAUGCACAAUCCUAAGAAGGAGGAGGAGGAUCUCAAUGAUUCGCCUAAUCAACCGACGAUCAACGAGGCCACGAACAACGUAGUCGACGGGAUAAAUCUGGACGAGAUCAAGGAAUUCGCUAAGGUGUUCAAGUUUCGCAGAUUGUCGCUGGGUCUGACGCAGACCCAGGUGGGACAGGCCCUGAGCGUGACAGAGGGGCCAGCUUACAGCCAAAGUGCCAUAUGCAGUGCCCUGGCUACCCAGAUGUACGCUGCCUCGCAGAUUGCCUCUCAGCAGCAAGCUACAUUCGAAAAAUUGGACAUCACGCCAAAAAGUGCGCAAAAGAUUAAACCGGUCCUCGAAAGGUGGAUGAAAGAGGCUGAAGAAAGUGUGUUUGGUUACAGGCACAAGAGCGGGCUACAUCAGCUGACGGAUUUUAUCGGGGUGGAAACGAACAAGAAACGAAAGCGACGAACUUCGUUCACCCCCCAGGCUUUGGAAUUGUUAAACGCUCACUUCGACAGAAAUACUCAUCCUAAUGGUAACGAAAUCACGAACUUGGCGCAACGCCUCGGAUACGACCGAGAAGUGAUCAGGAUUUGGUUCUGUAACAAGAGACAAUCCUUGAAAAACGCGGUGAGACUGAUGUCGAAGGAUGUUGUGUAAAAGUGCUAGGACAAGAUUGGUCGCGAAUGGAACCAGUGAGCAAAUAUAAUUAAAAAAAAAAAAGAAUGAAAAUAAGAAGCUUUAAGGACUCGAAUUUUACGUUGCACGAGUUGAAUUCGUCGAGAUUCGAAUAGCGUUUCAUUCAUCGAUCACUUCGACGAAACCAGGGACGGAUCGAUGAAUAAUCGCGUGAAUUUCAAACAACAACGGGGGACAAAGAGAAAAAGAAGUAACAGCGAAUCUCGGCGUCGCGUUAAUAAAAUAAUUCGGAGAAAUUAGCGCGUUCCGAAGGAAUCGCUUUAAAAAGUCAUGCACGAUACCCGUCGAGCCAUGAAUUUUUAAAGGCGCGCUCUCGACGAUCGAUGUAAAGAUCAUCAUUGUGAUUGCAGGCGUAUACGAGACCUAUUCUGUAAAUAGUUUUAACCUACGGUUAAUGUGAUGUACAGGAGUCGAGCGUUUGUAACGUUGAUAAUUGCCUUAACCGCCAUCGUCUUAUCCGAUAUUUCGUUAAACGAAGAAAAAAAAAAGUAUGAAAUCGAUUAAGAAAUUAAAAAAAAAUUUUAUCGAUCAUGAACCAAGUCAGUGUGAUUUUCCUAUUGGCAGCCGGUAAGAAAGCGACUGACGAUAAUGUAAAUUCCUAUGGGUGAUACACGAAAUAUUAUCGAUUAAUGAUAAAACAGGAAACCUUUUAAAUUUUAAAAAGAUUAAUAAAUUCUUCGGGAAAGAAUUCGCGAAUUGAAAAAAAAAAACUCGUGUAUCAUUCGUAUCAAGGGACGGAACACGAUAAGACGUAAAUCAAACAACAAUUAUCAAGUCGCGUCUCGGCUCGUGAAAUUAGGAUAAGUAAUUCCGUUAAGUAAUCGCACAGAUAACGCUAGUUCGUGAAACGAUCGAGAAGCUUCCAGCUACUGAGAAUCGUCUGUCAUUAUGAAAUCAACAGACGAAGCACAAAAAUCGUGGAUCGUACGGAAAAUACGAUCGAACUUUGAAAUCGUUCGAAGAGUUCGAAUGAUAUUUUUCGUACGAGAUCCCAUCGAGAAUCAUGAGAUCGAGGAACGGACCAGUGUGUUCGGUCCUUUCGCACACAGAAAAGAACAUAGUUGAAGCAACGAGAACAGCAAACAGUAACAAUACCGAUAACGAACAAUAACAAUAACAGCAACAACAGUACCGUCACGUUCACAUGCCAUACACAGCGGGAUACAAUUCAGUUGUUCACACAGGAAAUAGAAACGGAAAAGUUUUGACAGUACCGCCGCUAUCGUUUAUGACGAUCCAUCAUCCAACUCUUUUUAUUUUCAUUCUUACCGGUGAAACAACCACUCGUUUACAGGCUUCGUUAGGGAAAAAG